AUGGCAAAAAUCAUUUUGUUUUCAUUCUUUAUUUUAGUAUAAUCAUACAUUACGAUCGAUUCAGGAUCCUACAUCGAUCUAAAUUAUACAUUAGGUUUCAACUGUUUGAAUAAUUACUAAACAACUAGAACAAUUACAUUUUCAAAUACAUUUUAGAAUAUCCCUUAAGUGUUUAUGUAUUAAUACCAAUUUGACAUUCCGAAUUAGUAGACUGAGUAUUAAUUUUCAAUCACCAGUAUCACAAAUACGAGCAUGCUUCUGUUUUUUAAAUUUUAGAUUUUUAAUUUUUUGUGAAAUGCACCAAAGCUGCUCAAGUAUGGUCUCUCCGACAUGAAUGGCUAGCGAUAGAUGAUAAAAGAGUUUAAGUGAUAAAUUGCUUUAAUUUGAACCCACCAUAAGAUAAAGUAUUCAAUCAUUAAUUACUUAAUGUUGACACUGCAAUAAUAGGACUCACAAGUAUUGCUUAUAUUGGUUAAAUCGACUUUUAGUUGUCUGUAAAAUUUGUUUUAAUAAUCUUAGAUUACUUAGAUAACAGUAAACAGCAUUUCGGUUGCAAUCACUAAAGUGACUGGUAAGUUUCAAAAUUUGGUACAAAUUGGUUACCAAAUCCUCUUAGUGUCCUCUAGAGACAUCAUCAAUAAUGGACUUGUUACUUUCUAGCCUGAUUAUACUAGUGCUGCAAUGAAUUUAGAAUAAAAUAAGUGGUUAAUAUUACCAAUUUAAGGAAUUCAAUAUAGUUAUGCAGGUCAAUUAACUUUAAGAAUGUAGAAAAACAUUGUAGCUUCAACAGUUACGUUUAGUUUUACAAAGUGUAAGAUUAAAUAUUAAUAUAGGGCAAUCUGAUAGUCCUCUUUUUAGAAUUUAAAGUGUCUGGUUGUCAUAAUUGUUUGCAGUAAAUUAAGCACUUUAAUGCAAAACAUUAAGAAUAAGUUAAAAGUUAGAUUAUUCAUAAUGCAACAGGCCAUAAUUUGAAAUCUAAAUACUUCAAUCAAAUUUAAUAUAUGAUACAAUUGGACAAUUUACAACUACCUUCUUUAAACCAAUAACAAAUAUUGAUUUCGUUCUGUUAGUAAAUUGUAUAACUGGAAAGCAUGUUGUAUCUUAAUUUAAUAAAUGCAAUGCUUGUCCAACAUAAAAAUAUUAUUAAUUUAACCACUAUUGUCACUCAUAAAUUAAUUUAAUAAGUUAUUUUCCUAGGUUCACCUAACUAGAUUAGGUUAAUUAAGAGUUCACCAUAACAAUAACGAGUUCAAGCUGCUAAGUUAAGUAGAUACUUUAUAAUUAAAUAGAAACAGAAUACAUUAUUUUAAAUAUCCAAAUAUAAUGA